GGUCUCUUUUCCCCUCUAUAACAGUUUCCCUUACAAAUGUAUACAUAUGUAUACAUAUAAUUCAAUGUAUUUGACAGAUCACCCUUUUCUAGCCUCUGCUCCACCUGGCUGAACUUUUUCCUGAAUUUUUUGGUUCUCUAGACCCCCCAAAAUUAAUUAUUUUUUUAAAAAGCCUGUCAGGCUGAAGAGCCUCUCACUCCUUGGGCUUCUCGGGUACGGAUCUAGAGGCAAAGAAAUACAUGGAUUCAGGGAGCCUUGGAGAAAGUGUCUGGGACCAGCAGUUUCAGGGCAAUGAGGGUUAAGUGACUUGCCCAAGGUCACACAGCUAAACCUGCCUAAGUUACCAGAUCUGGACAAGGGGAUGGAGGCCAGGUUUCCCAGGAGACUCACUCUGCUCUUGAUCAUCUUGUGCCUCGUCCUUCACCUUCCUCACUUUCCCAGCUCAGGCACAAUGACUUUCAAAGUCAAUGGCCCUGCUCAGCGUACCGUGACCUGCACAGGCCAAGAUGUGCUGCUCUCUUGUCACCUCUCGCCAAAGAUGGAUGCUCAGGACAUGAUGAUCAAGUGGUUCCGAAGCCAGGACCUUGUCCACAGGUACUACAUCUGGAAGAAGGUGGUAGAAACCCAGGGUCCUGGGUUCGAAGGCAGGACAGAGCUGCUGAAGCAUGACCUGGCUAAAGGAAACGUGACCUUGAGGAUCCGGAAAGUUCAGCUCUCUGACUCUGGGAACUACACUUGCCACUUCCGGUCACCAUACUAUUACAACGAAGCCCACUUUGAACUGCAGGUGGCAGAGAAUCCUCCUACCUCUCAAGAGACGCUUCCUCUUCCUCUGAAGCUAGUUCUGCUCUCUGCAGUCUGGAUUGUUGUACCCGUCUGCCUUGUCUUCGGGUUCUGGGUUUAUGUUCAAUGCAGAUGAAAAAUAACCAGAGGAAAACCAAAGAUUCCUCCUCAAGAAGCCAGACUGAGUAACAACUGCAGUGAUCAAGCAGGGACACUACCUGGCUCCACGGGAAAUUCCCAGGGGCAUAAGUAGGAACAGUGACCAGGCAGCAUGUCCAGGACUAACAUCCAGACCCUCACCCCAGUGAUAAGGAUACUGUCGUUAUUCCAACAGCCUGCUAGCUGGAACACUGACAUCACUAGAAAAACCUGCAGGUGAGAGCUCCGGGGUGCGUCUCUCCUCAUAAUCCUCUGUGACGUCCUAAAAGACCCAGGCUCCAACAGCACAUGAGAAGAAUGGUGCUCCCCACUCAGUGGGGAUGAGUGCUCUCUGUCCUCCUCCUUAAACCACCACCAGGUGGCCUCACUUUGAUUACUGUGUGAGUGUGUGAGAGCGUAUAUGUAAGUGUGUAUGUGAGUUGUGUGUGAGUAUGACUGUGAGUGUGUGUGUGUCUGUGUACACUGCUGUGCCACAGGACUGGGCUGCCCAGUGCGGUAUCUCACCUGCCUUGCAGAAUCCAGAUCCCCUGGCUAGUUUGGCCAGAUCCAGCAGGGUGAUGCUCAGUACAGUGCUCAUUGCAGGGCUCUGACCUGUAGAAAGAAGAGCUAAGAUGGCAGUGAGGAAGGCAACCUCUGAAGCUCUCCUAAAUUUCCCCUCCAAACCAAUAGAAAACUGACUCAGAAUUGUUCCAGGAAUUGUUGCAGGGAAGCAGCUAACCAGCCAGGCAGGAAAGAUCUGUCUUACCUGGGUGGGAGGGGAGUGAGGUUCAACAGUAGCAGCAGCAGCAAGGCUCACAGAAGGGGGCCUGCCUGCAGCAGAACUAUAAACCUGGGGCAAUCCACCAGGGGAGCCCUGCCCUUGCCCUCCUAUAAACCAGCAGCCCCCUGGGCAAGUGAGCAGUCUGGUCAGAAUAACAGGGACCCUCACCAGUCACCCACUGCUGACCAGUAAGCCCCACCCAAGGUGGGCCAAUUGUAAGAUCCUGCCCCUGGGGCCUACCAACAGAGAGACUCUUUUUCCAUAGCAACCCAGCAGCAGGCCCUCAACCCUUGGGCACAUUUGCUUUUUAUUUUUUUUUUUUUGUGGGGCAAUAAGGGUCACACAGUUAGUAAGUGUCAAGGGUCUGAGGCUGGAU